AUGGCUACAACAGCCUUUCAGAUGAAGGCAAAACGAAUUUUUGAAAAAUGCGCUUAUCGAAAUAUGAAGAGCCAAUUCUGUGAUGCUUCUUCAAUCGCAGCAAAGAAAGAUAUGGAAAUUCGACCGCGUAGAAAGGAACCAAAGAAAGAAGGACCGAAGGGAACAAGGAAAGUUGUAAGGGAAGAAGAUGAAGAUUGGGACAAUUUAACGUUAAUAUAUGCGAUAACCAGUACACGGGAAAUUCUUGCUUCUUCACAUGAACUGACCGGAAAAAAAAUUGCGAUCUGA